CUUAUCAUCGCGAGACUUUCUUCGAGUCCUCUCCUCUGCCUGAAUCCAGCUGGUAGCCUGCCUGCCGUGGACGGUUCUGUUGCAGUCGAGGUGAGAGCCGUCAGUCAUCAUGGGGAACAUCUUUGGCAACCUGUUGAAGAGCCUGAUAGGCAAGAAGGAGAUGCGAAUUCUCAUGGUGGGGCUGGACGCUGCUGGAAAAACAACCAUCCUUUACAAGCUGAAGCUGGGGGAGAUUGUUACCACCAUCCCCACAAUCGGUUUCAAUGUAGAGACAGUGGAGUACAAAAACAUCAGCUUCACCGUGUGGGAUGUGGGUGGCCAGGACAAGAUCCGUCCUCUGUGGAGGCACUACUUCCAGAACACCCAGGGUUUGAUCUUUGUGGUGGACAGCAAUGACCGGGAGCGUGUGAACGAAGCUCGGGAGGAACUGAUGAGGAUGCUGGCUGAGGACGAGCUGCGGGAUGCUGUUCUUCUGGUCUUUGCCAACAAACAGGACCUGCCUAAUGCAAUGAAUGCUGCCGAGAUCACAGACAAGCUGGGCUUACACUCCCUACGCCAUCGCAACUGGUACAUUCAGGCCACCUGCGCCACCAGCGGAGACGGUCUGUACGAGGGCCUCGACUGGCUGGCCAAUCAGCUGAAAAACAAAAAGUGAGGUAUCAGGUCAGUGGAAAGGGGAAGAGCCUGGGUGCCAGCUCCAGGUUAGGGUUUUAAUGGAUCCAUUGAGUUUACAUGGAGAGGCUGUGCUGAAAAGCCCCCAGGGGUUAACUCUCAAUGGCUUUCUCCCCCCAGAAUAAUUGUUUCACUUCUUUAUUAUCAUUUAUUUAAAUUGUUUGGGUCUGCAGUGAGCUUUUUUUGAGGAUAACAAACCAAUGGCGUUGACUUAAAUGACUUACAUGCUGAAUACAUAAAUGUGUUAUUGUAAAAGCAUAUACAUUCCCCUACUCUGCAGUCCCUUUGACCUUUUAUCUUUUUCAGAAUAACGAUGAUAUAGACUGAUAAUAGCAAAGAUUUAUGUAAAUUAUAAAGAAUGUCAUGACGGUAUAAGUGGAAGUACCACUAUUACUAUCUCAGAAUAAUAUAACGUUGUUAAAAACUGUUUACUCAGACAGGUUCCAAUAAAUGUAAAAUUGUCUUUUUUACCAUACUUGUGUUUUACCACAAAGCUGUGUGCAUCAGAGCUCAUUUUGUGCUGUAAAAAUAAUCUUACUUAUAUGCAAAUGUGUUUAUUCUUUUUAUUUAUUUUAUUACACACAACACUUGUUGACAUCCUGGAUAUUCUAAAACUAUUUAUAUUUUUGUUGAUUUGUAUUUAUUUAUUCCUUAAUUUGUUUUGAUUUUCUUUUUCGAAGUGCAUCAUAUGGUUUCUCUCGCUUUAUUGCAAUGUGCAUUUACUGCUAAGGCAGCUAGUGAAUAAAGAAGCCCAUGUAUCACUGUAUAUUACUCCAUAAUCUGCAUGGAGAUGGAGAAGAUCCCAGUACUGGUUUGUGGGCUUGUAAAAGCUGUGAAGUACUGCAAGCUGCUGCUGUAAAUACAGAUUUAUUCUGAGUCGACGUGCCUGGCUCAAUAAGGGUUAAACAAUUUGUCUGGCGUUAGCGAGGUGUGAUAGCUGAACUGAUACAGAUGACAGAACAGGCACAUUGUACCAGCCAGGAAAAAAUGCUGCUAUUGGCCUGUUGAGAGUGAUGCAGCAGAGCAUGUGAUUGGCAAUAUCAGAGAGCUUAAAUGGUUUCCGAAUGUUUAUUUUUUAAGUCCGUUUGUGCGAGCAGCUGCACUAUAUCCGUCAAAAGAACUCACAUUGCUUGUCAUCCUGAUUUAUUCAUUCCUAAUUAUGACAUUAUGUGUUUCUGUGUAUUAUGUUGCACAAAAUAUCUCUAGAUGCAUUAUUGUUGUACAAAUUGUUUGAAUGGAGUAUUCAUUUAUUUUAAACCAAAUGCAAGUGUUGAUUUUGUGUUGUUCCUUAUUUGCUUUCAUACAGUUGUCUUUUGGCGUGUUCUCACAAACCCCAUGAUUUGAAAAAAUAUGAGAGAGGAUAAAGUAAUAUUGCAUCAUCAUAAGGCAUGUUAAUACUGUACAAGAUCUGUAAUAAAAGUGAAUUAUAAUAGCCUGUUCCCUCAGAUUAAUGCUGCUGGUUGGAACAAUGCUGUGCUGAUAAAUGUUAUGGAUUUAGUGUAAAGUUUACCCAACAAACUUCUAAUAUGCAAAAGCAUGCUUUUCUAUGUCAGCGCAACUGUAUAUAGGUUUAUGUAACAAGAAGAGUAUACCAUGAUAUUUGCGGUCAACUUGAAAGUGAUGUUGAUACACAUGUAGAUUUCGGGGUCAGUGUGUUGGCAGAUAUGUAUAACUGACAGCAGCUUGCGUAUGUGAUGUGCAUUACGUUGAGUUUGGUGUGAAAAUUGUUUUUGUGGCCUUAUAUUGCCAGUGUUUUUCUUUUCUCUUUGAUAACCGGUUUGUAUGUCAGAAUGUCAAACAUUCAAGUAUCUCACCUAUGAUCUGCAACACUGAUGCACUUACAGCACUGUGUUGGCUAAACAUCCUUCUUUCAAUGAUUAUUGGCGGAUUUUCACUAGAAAAAUGUAGGAAAGCAAAGUGCAGAACAUUCCAGCUAAUAAGGUUUAUUUUAAGCUGAACAUGGAUUAUGUAAUUGAAUGGAAUAUUAUCAAGAGGAGGAAAUAAAAACAACACAUACUGGUGCAAAAGUGUUGAAUGAUUUAAUGAAUCCUGGCACUACAUCAAUCAAUCAAUAAAAAUAUAA